CUUGGUCGUGCAGAUGCGCCACACGGGCGAGCCGCAAACCCUCUAGGGUUCAAUGUCAAUGGUGUCAUAGCGUGGUUUUUGAUGGAGCUCGUCAGCCCUGUGACUUGUCUUAUGGCAGCUUCUAUGGAUAGCAACUCUCAUGGCGAUUACAACUUCGACCUGCGUCGUAUUUGGACUCUACCGACUGGCCGUCUCAUCCUUUUACUAGCUUUUCUACUUCAUUAUUUCAACCGAACCGUGGUGUCCACCUUUCGUAACCCUUCCCGCUCCAAGAUGCACGUCAUAGUGCCCAUCAUGGCCGUUAUGUUCAAUCUUUUGAACGGGUAUCUGAUCGGAACUUCGCUCUCAGGCCAAUGUCCACCUGCUCCUCUCCAAUCCUCCAAGACCAUAGCCUCUCCUGCUUGGUCAUGGGCUAUGUUCCACCUAUGUAUGGGUGGGUGGGCUAUAGGUUUCAUAAGUAACAUCAUUCAUGAUGAAAUACUCUAUGGUCUACGUCGAUCAUCGAUUGGCACAGGAAAAUAUAGCGUCCCUCACGGUUUUCUAUAUUCUUUACCCCUUGGAGGCGUAUCUUGUCCAAAUUAUCUAUCAGAACUGCUAGAGUGGUUCUCGUUCGCAAAUGCUGCAUCCAUCUGUUUUCAACACCUGGAACCGACAAACACCGUCUGCGAUCUCAGUAUCUAUGACUCACCACCCGGUUUAUUUUUCCUAGCUAUGGUAGGUGUUCUGAUACCUCGGGCAGUUCGAACUCAUCAUUGGUACCGAGAUAAGUUUGGAGAUGCUAUUCCCAAAAAAAGAAGGGCUAUCAUCCCAGGAAUAUUGUAG